AUGGCCUUCCGCCUGUUCGAGGAGAAGCAGCAUGCCUCCGUCUACCAGAAGAACUGUCCUGCGGAGGAGCUGCCGCUGGAGGACGGCUGCGCGGACCUGGUGACGGCGGUGUCUGCCGCGCACUGGUUCGACAGGCCGCGGUUCCUGCAGGAGGCGCACCGCGUCCUGAAGCCGCGCGGCUGCCUGGCGCUGCUCAACUACUCCAUGGACAUGGAGCUCCACUACGGCGACUGCUCCGGGCGGCUCAUCGAAGUGUGCCGAGAGUUCUACGAUGCCCUGAGGCCUUACCGCUCUCCUGUUCUGGGCUCCAACUCCAGCACGCUGUAUGAAGAAAUGUAUGACUCUUUACCAUACCCCGAGAAGGAAUGGCUCAAUGGGAUCACAGUGCGGAGGUUCAUGCCUCUGUCCAGCUACAUGGGCUGGAUUGAGUCCUUCUCCAGCUACCAGGCACUGCUGAAGGAAGACCCAGAGGCAGCCGGAUCCUUGUCCAAGCACAUUCAGGACAGGCUGCUGGAGGUCAUGGGAGUCUCCUCUCCUGACACCGUGGUGGAAGUGGCUGUGAGAUAUCUCUGCGUCUUAGCGUGCAAGCCCAGCGGAGGAGACUGAGCUGCCUCUUGUCCUGUGUCUGUGUCGCGCUGUGCUGAAAUAAAGCAGGCUGACUGCGCCCAGUGGGUCCACCGUCCUCGUGUCUCCUCGUUUUCUGCCACCCAUCUGCAGCAGUGCACUCUACGUCCUCCUGAAGGAAAACUGCACCCCUGAAAACGUCACUGCCUGAACAAAACAAUACGUGCUACACUUUUACACAGAGAAACAAUAACGUUUGUAUUAUAUAUAUUAUAUAUUGAAAUACGGUAACAGCUUUUUAUCACAAAAUAGUAGUCUGCUUUUAUACAGAGAGACAGUAACAUUUUAAAUUCGGUAAAACACAUUUUAUAUUCUUUAUGUUUUAAGGUUUUAUUACAGAGGGUCGUGGGCUUUGCAGGGUCCUUGGCACGCAGCUGCUGGAUCUGGUGUGAAUGGGUUUGUUGAGCGUUGCUGUGUCUCACGAAUGGCCUGUUUUAUUGUCAGGACUGUUAAUAGAAAUGUGGGGCACACUACUUGUUAGGCAUCUUCUGUGUUUGAACAUACAGUAAUAAUAUACGAAAGGCUCUAAACAAGGGAUGGCCCAUCUAGCUGGGCAGCUUGUUCCAUACUCCCACAACCCUUUGGGUAAAGGGACCCCAAAAUGUUAACGAAGAACUGCACCUCCAGAUCUGUAUGUGGAGCAGCAUCUGUGUUGCUGUGUGAGCAGAAGGAAGAAGCACAGCGUGUGUAGAUAUGGAGCCCUCGGAGCUGUUAAGAAGAGACUGGACACGCUUGCUGGAUCACUCUCAUCGGGAGUGUUGUUCUUAAUUUCUCCUUACAGCAGGCUUUGGGUGUGCAGUCUAAAGACAGAGUUCUGAGAAACCUCCUGUACAUCUUGGUUGGCCAUGUAAAGAAAAUACGAGCAUUUCAUUAAAAUGAUUCCCUGUU